AUGAUCGCGACGCCUCCUACCAAUAUUAUCAUUCUGCUUCUGGCCAUGAUUGUGAUCAUGCUACUUCCCACUCUGACACAUGCUGACAAUACGGAAGUCGCCGAGCUGGAAGAGCGAGCCGAUGAGGGCGAUCCCGACGCCCAGUUCAGGCUCGGCCAGCUAUUUCGGAAAGGAGAUGUCGUGGAGAAGGACAUAGUUCGCGCGUUUUCGCUAGUCCUGGAGGCUGCCGAAAAGGAGCAUGUGAGAGCGCAGUAUCUGAUCGGGCUGAUGCUUAUUCGAGGGGAGGGCUGCGAGGUAGACGAGGAGGUGGGGGUGAACUUUAUCCUCAUGGCGGCCGAGGAUGGGCUGCCAGCUGCGCAGCACGCAAUGGGAAAGAUCUACAUGCAGAGUGUCGGUCCGCAGGGAAAGGAUAUGCUGUCGGCCGCUUACUGGCUGAAGCAGGCCGCCGGGAAUCGCCACGUGCAGGCCCAGGUGAUGCUGGGCAACAUGCUCCUCAACGGCGAGGGCAUUCGGCGAAACGCGACGCUGGCCGGCGCUUACUUCCUCGCAGCUGCCAAGCAAGGCUCCUCCGAGGCACAGGAGGUGGUUGGGCAAAUGUUUCGGACGGGCACGGGCUUCCCACCUGACAAGGCUUCGGCAGUGACCUGGCUCGUGGAAGCCUGCGAGCAGGGCCGUACUGAGGCCUGCCUUGCCUUGGCUUCCAUGUAUCGCGGGGGCGAGGGCACGCGGGGUGAUCCAGCGGCAGCGCUGUACUAUUUCAAGAAGGCUGCAGAAGGGGGCAGCGCCGAGGGUGCCAACGAGCUGGGUGUCAUGUACCUGACUGGGGAGGGCACGCUUGCAAAUGAGGAAGCCUCAGCUUACUGGUUCCAGCGUGGCACGGAGCUGGAGGAGGAAAGAAGAGCCGCGGAGGAGUACAACGACGCGCGGUGA